AUGAGCACACCAUCAAACAGCAAAUUAAUGCUAACAGGAGCAGGAUAUAACCCUGUUAUUGGGCCUGGAUCAACUGCAGAUAGUACUAAUAGCCUGCCAAAGCAAACAGCAUCACAAAGAUCAGUUUCGCAGUUAUCUUCACCUUCAAGUCUGCUCAGAUUAACAAGCACUAGUUCGGAGAGAAAGCUUAACUCUUUUGGUGCACAUGCAUCUAUUUAUGACCGAAAUCUUCAUAGGGGAAUGCAUGAGAUAUCACUUUCAUCGAUGAGUUUCCUUUUUAUGGAGGUGAUAAGGAUGAGCCUAAAUGGCUCAGAAAGUCUGCUACAGAUGGAAAGAAAGCUCAAUAAUCUUGGAUAUCGUGUUGGACUCCGGCUUCUUGAACUUGUCUCGUUGCGUGAGAACUUCAACAACAAUUUGGCUUCAUCUGGGAAGUCAAAUAUUGCCCAACGUCAUGUUAGAGUGCUUGAAAUACUACAAUUUGUGAAAGAGAGCAUAUGGCCGUGUAUGUUUGGAAAAGAGGCCGAUAAUUUGGAGAAAUCUGUUCAGAACAAGAAUCAAUACAUGAUUAUUGACAGCGAUCCAAUACUAUCCAGAUACAUAUGUGUGCCAAAAGAGUAUGAGGGACUGGAUUGUGAAUCGUUUGUUGCUGGAAUUGUUGAAGGCUUACUUGACAUAUCAUAUUUCAGGUGUGAAGUGACUGCUCACGGUGCACCUUUGGAAGGUUACCCUAACAGAACUGUGUAUCUUGUUGAUUUUGAUAGCAGUAUAAUAAGAAGAGAGGAACGGUUAUCAAAGACAUGA